CACAAGAUCGCUCCUGGUCGGCACAGUAUUUCCUCUUUCGUGGUACUUGCAGGAAGCAAGAAGCUUUGCAAACCCCAGCCAGUGGCCCAUCACAGCUCGGAACGACGAAAGAGGCCGCACGUCAACCCAAGACGCCCACCCAACCGCCCCUCAUCCCAGAGCAUCAGAAUAACCACAAGGCGUCCUCUAAGCUAAAAAGAUGGCAUUAAAGAACUUCAAUCCCGACAAGUUCCUCCAAGAAUGGUCAGACGAAAAAUACGUUCCCAGCCAGCACAACGGGAAGACAUUCGAAGAAUGCAUACGCGCCGCUUUCAACAUCCCCGAAAACGAUACUUACGUCUACCGCGCACAAGGCGAGACCACUUUGGCGAUAACGCAAAAAGCGAUUAACGGUAAACGAGCCCAUGGCCUGCACAAUUGGUAUCAUGACGAGCAUGGAAAACCUAUCGACCAACCGCAUCCAUCCCCGGAAGAAAUAUCAGCAUACACCUCACUCUUCUCCCCCUCCACCUCCCCCCCAAAAGCCCUCAAAGCCUUCGCAGCCAACGCCAAAUCCAACACCCUCCGCGCCUCCAUAUCCACCCACCUCCUCUCGCGCUUCCACUACUCCACCCCCACCCCCAGCAGCAGCACAUCCCUCCUCCCCUCCCGCAAACCCGCACGCCAGCACACCAACCCCGCCCUCUCCCUCUGGACGCACGCCUGCCACGAGCUCGAGUGGGCCGGCCCGUGGCCCGCCACCACUUACACCACGCACGCGCACCACCUGCUGCCGAUCUUCUACCACCACUUCGGCUGCGCAGUGCCCUCGUACGCCGCGCUGCACGUCCUCGCCGCGCUCGCCCAGCCGCCGAAGCCCAGCAAGCAGCCCGUGCGCCCGAUCCUCGACAUCGGCAGCGGCGGCGGCUACUGGACGCUGCUGCUGCGGCGCUUCCCGCUGCCGCAGGGCGCGCAGUGGAAGCCGCUCGACGUGCGCGCCGUCGACAGCGGCGCGUCGACGUACCGCGUGCGCUGGGUCGCGGACACGGUUGUGCUGGAUGGCGUGCGCUAUCUGGAGCAGAAUGCGGGAGGGAGGGGCUGCGUGCUGCUGCUGGUGUAUCCGCCGGCGACGGGCGGGUUUACGGAAAAGGUGUUGCGGGCGUUUGAGGGCGAUGCGGUUGUGGUUGCCGGCACGCAGAAUGGGAAUGGGUUUACGGCGUUUCGGGAUCAGGGCGUGGAUGAGUGGGUGGAGGGGAAUUUGGCGGAAUUUGGGCUCACGCUGCGGAUGCCGCUGCCGAGUUUUGCGGGGAAGGACGAGGCGCUUUUUGUGUUUCAGCGGAAGAAGGAGUAGGUGAUUCGGCACACAUAACGACUUUAGCGUUAGAGUCAAUGUAUAGUUGCUUGGUUGUAUA